AAGCAGCUCACCAGAAGAAAUGUCUCUGACAUCAACCCCUAAGCGCCUGUCAGGUACGCCACAGGCUAUGUCGACCCCAGCUGCCAUACCAGCGACAGAGUCCACAGAAGCAGUGGAAGCAAAGGCUGCCCUUAAGCAGUUGCAGGAGUUUUUUGAGAGCUAUAAGAAAGAAAAGGCAGAGAAUGACAAAUUGCUCAAUGAACAAAAUGAGAAGCUCCAGGAACAGGUUACGGACCUGAGGUCUCAGAAUACCAAGAUUUCUACCCAGCUUGAAUUUGCCUCCAAGCGCUAUGCAAUGCUGCAGGAUAAUGUUGAGGGAUACCGGCGGGAGAUAACAUCAUUGCAUGAGAGAAUCCAGAAGCUUACCGCAACUACUCAAAAACAAGAACAGAUAAUCAACACUAUGACUCAAGAAUUGAGAGGAGCCAAUGAAAAACUAGCUGUGGCCGAG